UAAUGUAUUAUGCUUAGCGAGUUUCUCGACAAUAAACUAAGACUUAAGGAAACGUAGUAGCUGAAUGAGAAGAGAAAGUUCAAGUAUUAUCUAGGAGUGCAGUAACUGGUUAGGACUCUGGGUGCCGCUGUUCACCAGUCUGGAAGAUGAAGACAGCACGCAUACACCCAGGGCGGGAGGGGGACUUCUUGAACCACCAUCACUGCCGGAUUGAGAAGUCUCUCUGAGGCUGCCCUGAUCAUACUUCUGGACCACUUUCUGCUCUGAAUUCUCCUGAAAAUAAAAUUAUGUUAAUUUAGACUCAGAGAGCAGGUAAACAAUACUCUUGGUGCCGGACUGAGAGAAUACGAAGCAAGAGAGCAAUGGCGAUUCGAGUGAAGGUGCUCGGCUGCCGUAGGCUGGUCCUACUGUUCCUUUUUCUGGGGCUGUUGUUGGAAGCCCAGGCUGGGAAGAUCCGCUACUCGGUGUCAGAAGAGACAGACAAAGGUUUUUUUGUGGGCAACAUCGCCAAGGAUCUAGGGCUACAACCCCAGGAGCUGAUGGAGCGCGGAGUCCGAAUCGUCUCCAGAGGUAGGAAGCAGCUCUUUGCUCUGAACCUGCGAAGCGGCAGCUUGGUCACCGCGGGCAGGAUAGACCGGGAAGAGCUCUGCGCUCAAAGCGUGCGGUGUCUGGUGAGUUUUAAUGUCUUAGUAGAGGAUAAAAUGAAGCUUUUCCCUGUUGAAGUGGAAAUAAUUGAUAUUAAUGACAACACUCCUGAAUUCCAGUUAGAAGAAGUGGAAUUUAAAAUGAAUGAGAUAACUGCUCCAGGUACCAGGAUCCCCCUGCCUUCUGGGCAAGACCUUGAUGUGGGUAUGAAUUCGCUCCAGAGCUAUCAGCUCAGCUCCAACCCUCAUUUCUCCCUGGAUGCUCAACAGGGAUCUGAUGGGUCCCAACAGCCAGAGAUGGUGCUGCAGAGUCCCCUAGACAGGGAAGAAGAAGCUGUCCAUCACUUCCUCCUCACUGCUUUUGAUGGGGGCAACCCAGCCCGUUCAGGAACCCUCCAAAUUCGAGUUCAGGUGGUGGAUGCAAAUGACAACCCUCCAGCGUUUACACAAGCAGUGUACCACACGAGUGUACCCGAGAACGUGCCUCUGGGCACUCGGCUGCUCAUGGUAAAAGCCACGGACCCAGAUGAAGGUGCCAAUGGGGAAGUAACAUAUUCAUUUCAUAAUAUAGACCACAAAAUGGCACAGAUAUUUCACUUGGAUUCUUACACGGGAGAAAUAUCAAGUCAAGAACCUCUGGAUUUUGAAGAAUACACAAUUUAUCCAAUGGAAAUUCAAGCUCAGGAUGGUGCAGGCCUCAUGGCCAGAGCUAAGGUGCUGGUCAAAGUACUGGACAUAAAUGAUAAUGCCCCAGAGGUAACCAUCACCUCUGUCACCACUUCAGUCCCAGAAAACUUUCCUCCUGGGGCCAUAAUUGCUCUUAUCAGUGUGCAUGACCAGGACUCCGGAGACAAUGGUCACACUUCAUGUUCCAUUUCUGGAAAUCUACCCUUUAAAUUAGAAAAGUUAGAUGAUAAUUAUUACCGUUUGGUGACAGAAAAAACAAUGGAUAGAGAACUUACCUCCCAGUACAACAUUACAGUAACAGCCACAGAUCAGGGAACUCCGACUCUAUCUGCUGAAACACACAUUUCACUGCAAGUGACAGAUAUCAACGACAACCCCCCUGUCUUCCCCCAAGACUUCUACUCCACCUACAUUCUAGAAAACAACCCCAGAGGUGCCUCCAUUUUCUGCGUGACAGCCCAUGAUGCCGACAGUAAUGAGAAUGCACAGGUCACUUAUUCCCUGGUGGAGGACACCAUCCAAGGAGUGCCUCUAUCCUCCUAUAUCUCCAUCAACUCAGACACUGGAGUCCUAUAUGCCUUGCGAUCGUUUGACUAUGAGCAGUUCCAGGACCUGCAUUUGAGAUUGAUUGCUCGUGACAGUGGGAACCCACCACUCAGCAGCAACGUGUCAGUGAGCAUAUUUGUGCUGGACCAGAAUGACAACACACCUGAAAUCCUGUAUCCUGCACUCCCCACGGAUGGUUCCACCGGUGUGGAGCUGGCACCCCGCUCUGCAGAGCCAGGCUACCUGGUCACCAAGGUGGUGGCAGUGGACAGAGACUCUGGCCAGAACUCCUGGCUAUCUUACCGCCUACUCAAGGCCAGCGAGCCGGGACUCUUCGCGGUGGGGCUGCACACGGGCGAGGUGCGCACAGCGCGGGCCCUGCUAGACAGAGACGCGCUCAAGCAGAGCUUGGUGGUGGCAGUCCAGGAUCACGGCCAGCCCCCUCUCUCGGCCACCAUCACGUUCACCGUAGCUGUUGCUGACAGCAUUCCAGAAGUGCUGGCCGACUUGGACAGCAUUGAAACUUCCUCCCACCCGGACAACUCCAGCUUCACGCUGCACUUGGUAGUGGCUGUGGCCGCUGUCUCCUGCGUCUUCCUCGCCUUUGUCAUCGCGUUGCUGGUGCUCAGAUUGCGACGCUGGCACAGACUGCGUGCGCAGACUUCAGCAAGUGUAUUGGCGGGCUUGCCCACCUCUCACUUUGUGGGUGUGGACGGGGUGCGGGCUUUCGUGCAGACCUAUUCGCACGAGGUCUCGCUCACCGCAGACUCUCGGGGGAGUCACGUGAUCUUCCCGCAGCCCAACUACGCCGACACGCUCAUCAGUCAGGAGAGUGGUGAGAAAAAAGAUUUUUUGUCAGUACCCCAGUCUUUACUUGAAGACAAAAAGGAAACAUUUUCUCAGGUAAAUCUUUUGUAGUAAAUUUUUAUCUAGAAAAAAAUAAUUUCUGUGUUUACUUACUUGCUUUCACUCUUUACUGCUAAAAAGUCUCUAUUUCCCAUCUUUGUGUUUGUCUUUGUGUUUAUAUUUACAGAUCCUGGGAAAUCAUUAUUGUUUCUAUCCAAGUAUAUUUAUAAUUGUUCUUUCAUUGAAAAGAUCAUAAUUAAUCAUAACGUAGUUGGUUGGGACAGAGUUGUGGAAAGAGCAUUGCAUCAGAAACAAGGAGAUUUAGCUUCUAACGUUUUCUUGCUUGCUUCUGGCCAAGUAAUUUUUUCUUUACCAUGCUCUUAUCUGACAAUGAUAGAGUUUGACUAGGUCUACAAAUAUUUAUGUGACUGAUUCUGUUUUCAGAUAUCCUUGGAUUAUAAAUAUCUCAUCUAUUCCUAAAUUUAAUGUAUAUGUCAUCUGUUGGGGUGCUGUUUUAUUUGGGAAUAUUUGAAGAGGUAAAGAUUGUCUAAAGUAUUUUAAGUUGUGUUAACAUAAAAUUAUGGAAAUUUAGGUAACCUGAAAGUUUAAACUAUUGUUGAAUAU